AUGGAGAGUUUCCUAACGAGAACGGAAUAUAGCCGUUGGAUAUUUCGCAUGGCUAACAACAGUGAAAGAGAAGAACGUGUAAAUGCACUUAUAAAAAGCGGUGAACAUGUAGUUAUUCGUUGGCCGGCGAAUUGCAUCGUUGGUCCACUGAAUGCAAAAAUGAAGAAAAAAUUUCUUAAUUGCAAGUGGACUCCGCACAUCGUGUCCAUUUUAGGAUUUGGAGAUUGGACAAGCAUGAACACGCAGCUUAAAAAUUAUCUUAAAUAUGAUGAGCCAAAUCCAACGAAGGAAGAUAGGAAGAAGUAUGCUGCUAAGAAGAAAGGCAGCAGUAGUAGUGAAGAGGAUGAUAAAAAGAAAGAAUUAAGGUAUGAAAAAAUUAAAAUUUUCAAGCCGUAA